GAGGAGGUGUCCGUCUUUUUCACGGAGGCAGAGUGGGCCCUGUUGAAUCCGGGACAAAGAGCUCUGUACAGGGAAGUCAUGCUGGAGAACUAUGGGAACGUGGCCUCAGUGUGUGGAAAGAGAUUCAGUCAGAGUGGACAUCUUCAAAAGCACCAGAGAACCCACACAGGGGAGAAGCCUUUUGAAUGCUCAGUGUGUGGAAAGAGAUUCAGUCAGAGUGGACAUCUUCAAACGCAUCAGAGAACCCACACAGGGGAGAAGCCUUUUGAAUGCUCAGUGUGUGGAAAGAGAUUCAUUGAGAGUGGCAGUCUUCAAAAGCAUCAGAGAACCCACACAGGGGAGAAGCCUUUUGAAUGCUCAGUGUGUGGAAAGAGAUUCAGUCAGAAUGGCAAUCUUCAAGAGCAUCAGAGAACCCACACAGGGGAGAAGCCUUUUGAAUGCUCAGUGUGUGGAAAGAGAUUCAGUCGGAGUGACAGUCUUCAAGAGCAUCAGAGAACCCACACAGGGGAGAAGCCUUUUGAAUGCUCAGUGUGUGGAAAGAGAUUCAGUAUGAGUAGACAUCUUAAAACGCAUCAGAGAACCCACACAGGAGAGAAGCCCUUUGAAUGCUCAGUGUGUGGAAAGAGAUUCAUUACGAGUGAUCGUCUUCAAACACAUCAGAGAAGCCACACAGGGGAGAAGCCUUUUAAAUGCUCAGUGUGUGGAAAGAGAUUCAGUCAGAAUGGCAGUCUUCAAAGGCAUCAGAGAACCCACACAGGGGAGAAGCCUUUUGAAUGCUCAGUGUGUGGAAAGAGAUUCAGUUACAAUGGCAGUCUUCAAACGCAUCAGAGAACCCACACAGGGGAGAAGCCUUUUGAAUGCUCAGUUUGUGGAAACAGAUUCAGUCACAAUGGCAGCCUUCAAACGCAUCAGAGCACCCACACAGGGGAGAAGCCUUUUGAAUGCUUAGUGUGUGGAAAGAGAUUCAGUAUGAGUGGAUAUCUUCAAACGCAUCAGAGAACCCACACAGGGGAGAAGCCUUUUGAAUGCUCAGUGUGUGGAAAGAGAUUCAGUGAGAAUGGCAGUCUUCAAAGGCAUCAGAGAACGCACACAGGGGAGAAGCCUUUUGAAUGCUCGGAGUGUGGAAAGAGAUUCAGUGAGAGUGGCAGUCUUCAAAAGCAUCAGAGAAACCACAAAGGAGAGAAGCCUUUUGAAUGCUCAGUGCGUGGAAAGAGAUUCAGUGAGAGUGGCCAUCUUCAAAUGCAUCAGAGAACCCACACAGGGGAGAAGCCUUUUGAAUGCUCAGUGUGUGGAAAGAGAUUCAGUAGGAGUGGACAUCUUCAAACGCAUCAGAGAACGCACACAGGGGAGAAGCCUUUUGAAUGCUCAGUGUGUGGAAAGAGAUUCAGUCAGAGUGGACAUCUUCAAACGCAUCAGAGAACCCACACAGGGGAGAAGCCUUUUGAAUGCUCAGUGUGUGGAAAGAGAUUCAUUGAGAGUGGCAGUCUUCAAAAGCAUCAGAGAACCCACACAGGGGAGAAGCCUUUUGAAUGCUCAGUGUGUGGAAAGAGAUUCAUUACGAGUGAUCGUCUUCAAACACAUCAGAGAACCCACACAGGGGAGAAGCCUUUUGAAUGCUCAGUGUGUGGAAAGAGAUUCAUUACGAGUGAUCGUCUUCAAACACAUCAGAGAACCCACACAGGGGAGAAGCCUUUUGAAUGCUCAGUGUGUGGAAAGAGAUUCAUUACGAGUGAUCAUCUUCAAACACAUCAGAGAACCCACACAGGGGAGAAGCCUUUUAAAUGCUCGGAGUGUGGAAAGAGAUUCAGUCGGAGUAGCACUCUUAAACUGCACCAGAGAACCCACACAGGGGAGAAGCCUUUUGAAUGUUCAGAGUGUGGAAAGAGAUUCACUAGAAAAGGCCAUCUUCAGUAUCAUGAGAGAACUCAUGCACGAGAGAAGCAUAAUCCUCUUUAA